AUGGAGUUGUUAAUUGAAAGUGUGAGGGAAAAUAGGGUCUUGUACGACACUAGCCACCAAGAUUAUAUGAGAACGAAAUAUAAGGAUGAGAUUUGGGGCCGAAUUGCCACAGAACUUAAUUAUUCAAAUGGACAGGAAGUGAAAGAAAUUUGGAGAAAACUAAGAGAUUGCCAUCGCGAUGCAUUGCGACGACAAGGAAAGAGGAAGAGCGGAGACGCUGCAAAGGCAAUAAAGUUAUGGACUUACCAGAAGCAGAUGGAAUUUCUUCUUCUGUUUAUGGCUAACAGAAACACAACAGGAAACGUUGACAUUUCGCAGGAUGAGAGAAGCAAUACUAUUGAAGAUAACUUAGUUUCGCCUGCAUCGCAAGACAUUACUGAAAGAGCGAACGAAAACACACAAGAUGACGAAGUGGACCAGGCGGAAGAACCACAAUACAUUCAACGUUCUAGAGAAUACCUUGGAAAAUCAUACAAUACGAAGCAGGACGAAGAACGAAAACGUAUAUCAUCAUUACUUGAUAAAAAAUCGGAUAAUGAGAAAGAAUAUGGUUUAUACCAGUUUUUUAUGGCAAUGUACAAUGAUACCAAGAAAAUGUCAAAAAUAUCUCAAUUGCGAAUUAGAAGGAAACUUUUUGAGGCUGUCCAGCUUGAAGAUGAAACAAAUUUGGCGUUGAAUUUUUCCCAAACAAGUAGCGCGUCAUAUCACCCACCACCACCACAACAUCGUAUAGGACUACCGUUACCUAGCCCUUCAUCACAUAGUAGUUCCACAUACGAACAAUUAUCAACAGCGCAGUCACCACCACAACUAAAUUACGAACCACUUCGUCCAUCUUCAGAACAAUCUUAUGACAUACCAGCAACUUCUGAAGAAAAAAUUUUUGUAUAA